UUUGGUUGCUUGUGUUUCCGGAUGUUCGCUGACAGUUCAAGAAUGGCUGCGAUGUUUACGUGUUGUCUAGGCUGUUGCGGAGAUGGAGGGUCGGGGCAUAUCCCCCUCAAAGAAAUGCCCACCGUUCAGUUAGACACACACCACAUGGGUACAGAUGUUGUUAUUGUAAAGAGUGGACGGCGGAUAUGCGGCACUGGAGGCUGUCUUGCCAAUGCGCCGUUGCACCAGAACAAGAGUUAUUUUGAGUUCAAGAUUCAGUCCACUGGUGUGUGGGGAAUAGGUGUGGCCACUCAGAAAGUGAAUCUUAAUCAAGUGCCACUGGGCAGAGACACAAACAGCCUAGUUCUGAGGCACGAUGGCUCGGUGUACCACAAUAAUGAGGAGAAGAACCGCCUACCUGCGAACAGCCUUCCUCAGGAGGGUGAUAUCGUGGGCAUCACAUAUGACCAUGUGGAGCUGAAUUUGUAUCUGAAUGGAAAGAACAUGCAUUGUCCUGCGUCAGGGAUUCGAGGCACUGUAUACCCUGUUGUUUAUGUGGAUGACAGUGCCAUCUUAGACUGCCAAUUUAGUGACUUCUACCACACACCUCCACAAGGCUUCGAGAAGAUCCUGUUUGAACAACAAAUCUUCUAAAGCAGCUAAACCAGCCCCUGUCCUCUCCCAGCACCGUGCAUACUCAGAGCCUACAUGUCAUAGCACCCUCUGUGACACUACAGUUUGACCUUGAUUGGAUCUUGUCUUCGUGUUUGGCUUGAAUGCCUCUGUUUUGUUAUCCCCUGAUUGCUCUGUCUUUUUUCUGCUGCCCUGAAUUCAAGUUAGCGUAUCCUUGGAGGAGUGGGGAUUCCUGAUCACUGGUCAGCUUUGAUGGGCCAUAAGAGUUUGGGCUGAUGAAAGACACCCAAGUCAUUCUCUUAUUACUAUGUCUCAGUAGCGAUCACCUUGCAUACACUGAACCAUUUUGGCUGCUGCUUAGAUUUUCAUCUGAAUAGGUGUUCUUUUUUGGCCAGACGGUGUUUGAAUGCAAUGUUAACAUGUUCCCAUUUUUCAGGACCAGAAGCCAUGUUUUGACAUUGGUUCAUAGUUAUGUUUGUUUAUGGAAUCUCUCAACUUAAUUGCCAUACAGACCUGUCAGCAUAAGUCCUAAAUUUACUGAUAUGUUUGAUUCAUUUCUUUGAUUAAUUUAUUAAAAGUGGUAUUUCUCUUUGGCUUAAUAUUUGUUCGUAGCAAACAUCUGUUUGUGGAUUCAUGAAUGAUCAGCUGUUAAUACUGACCAUUGCAGUCAUAGCAAUAUACCUCACGCACUUGUUUAAUUUCCUUUUAGCCAGAAAGCACUUCACUAAUAUAUACAGUCAAAACGGUCUAAGGUAUCAAUACUACUUCACCCAUGUUCUUUGUCAUUAUUUAGCUGUUUCAAACCGAGAGUUGUUCAAAAGUCCUCAAAGUUUUGACCACACGUCCCAGUGGCAGCCAGUGUCUGACAUCAAUGUUAUACGGGAGUGAUGGUGCUGGAAAAUGUUUUGCCAAAGUGAAAUAUUGCUUUAAAAUAGUUGACACUAAUCUGAAAGUUGUCGUUACAAUCGCCUCUAUGAACAGCCUUUUAGUUUUGAUCCAACAUUUGAUGUUUCCCUCGUCUUUGAGUAUCUUUUUAUGGGCUAUUUAUUCUAAAAUAUACAAAUAUUGGCAGAGUUAGUCUCUCCCUGACUGGAGAUAUCAUAAUGGUUCUAUAAUGUCAAUCUGUUGUAUGGUAUUGGCAUUGCAUAUCUGCUACUGAAGCGUGAAAAAAAUACCUUUAAUAUUUCAAAUGCUUGUCUUUGUUUGCACUAAUGACGUGAUUGUACAAGCAAUUCCAAAUAUCGUUGAUUCAUUAAACUUUUGUGUCAGAAAUCA